AGAGGGAAGCUACUCACGAGUGGAGUUGAAACGGUUUAGUGACAGUGGGUCUGUGAAUAUUCAUUUAAAAGUUAAAAUAACUGGACCGAGGACUGGGCAUCCGUUUGGAUCAGCAGAUGAAUGGGACCAUGAUCAGAGCUGAAGAAGGUUGAAAAAAGCUAGCGGGUUAAUGCAACUAUUGAUCAAGUAACUUGAAUCCGUUUAAACGUUAGUAACUAGCUAGCUAGCCAGGUAGUUUCUCUGUCUUAAUUAUAGAUUUCGCAGGUCUAUCUACAGGGUUGCGUGCCAGUUCAUUUGCUUGAAGGCAUAUUUUGGAAACGACCUUCGGACGAUUUUAACACGCUUCGUGUACUUUUAAAAAAUAAAAGAAAUCGCGAUGCAUUUACAUCGGUUUACUAAGUUAGCAAGCUAGUAGUAGUACUAAUUAGCCGGCUAGCCUGGCAGUGCUAGCUGUGCUAUCCGAGGAAUACUCCACCUACUGUUUCUCCUUAUUUGUCCAUUUUGUCUUUUUUUGGGAACAUUCACCUUGGCGGAGGCAGCCAGCUAACGUUGUAUUGUUGACAGAAACGUUUCCCUAUUGAUAACACAUUUCUAAGCUUGCUCGCACGAAGAUAACUCCGGGGUCAGUGUUCUUGGAUUUUUCGGACGUGGAAAAUGGAUGCGGGAAUCGAGAAGGAGUGUAGCGCUUUGGGAGGGCUCUUCCAAACCAUCAUGAACGACAUGAAGGCAAGUUACCCAGCAUGGGAAGACUUUGUCACGAAAGGGGCUAAGCUGCAGUCACAGCUAAGGACAACUAUCAUCGUCACAGGCUCCUUUUUGGAUGCCUUCCAGAAGGUGGCUGACAUUGCAACAGGAACACGUGGUGCGACAAAAGAGAUUGGAUCAGCACUGACCAGAAUGUGCAUGAGGCACAGAAGCAUUGAGAACAAGCUCAAACAGUUCACCACGGCUCUGAUGGAUAACCUGAUCAAUCCUCUGGAAGUGAAGAUUGAAGAGUGGAAGAAAGUGGCUGCCCAGCUGGAUAAGGACCAUGCCAAAGAGUACAAGAAAACACGAGCAGACAUCAAGAAGAAGUCCUCCGAUACCAUCAAACUGCAGAAGAAGAUGAAGAAAGGUAAGAUGGAGGUACGAAUGCAGUUGGACAGUGCCCUACAGGAUGUGAACACUCGCUAUGCCGAGUUAGAAGAGACUGAGAAGAGAGCUGUGUGCCAGGCACUCAUUGAGAGAGAGACGCUUCUGUCCUUUGUUACAAUGCUCAGACCCGUCCUGGAUGAAGAGAUUACCAUGCUUGCUGAUGGUAACCACUUACAGUCAAUUCUAGAGGACCUUUGCAACCUCACAGCAGAUCCCAGUGUUUUGCCCCCUGCUAGUGAACAGGUUAUUCUUGACCUGAAGGGCUCUGACACAUACAACUACACAUACCAGACUCCGCCUGGAUCUCCUAGCAACACACUGUCACGCAAGAGCAGCAUCAGCAGUACAUACACCUCUGUGCGUCAUGUGCCCUCACUGGACUCCAUUUCCAGUGCUGUGGAUGGCCUGCAUUUGCGUGCCCUAGAUCCAGGACAGCGCUCUCGCACUCCUCUCCUCUUGGUCGGAGGAGAGGGGGGCUCUCGCUCUCUCAGUGAGGGGAACUCUCCCACAGCCCUCCGUUCAGGCUGCCGUGCUCCACGCCUUCGCCACAGGAACACUGACCAGUGCAUUGUCAACAGACAGUCCUGGGCAAGUCAGAAUGCACCUGGCACAGAGAACGGUACUUCUAUGCCUCCACCACACCAUGCCUACAGUGGACAAGGAGAAAGAACCAGAGCUCAGUCCGCAUCAGGAAAGCCACAGACAGCCAGAGAGCAGCUGGCGCUAGCAUUGGGGAGCAGCCUGAACUCUGAGGCUCCCCGGACAAGUCGAGACUCUCUCCACUGCUCCAGUGGAUAUAGCACCCAGACAACGACACCAUCCUGUUCCGAAGACACUAUACCCUCACAGCAUGCAGUAAAGAAAGAACCUCCUCUAUAUGAUUAUGACUACAUCUCUCUUCACGGCGGAGACGAUGCCUGCAGUCAGUUAGACUUCGACAAGUCCUGCACCGUCCCGCGCAACAGUGACCUUAGCCUGAACUACCGCAACCUCUUCCAGAGCAGACGGCCGGCGUCCACUGUCAGCCUGCUAGUCGACCCCGAGCCCCUGCCACGCCAGCCACAUACGGCCACCAUCCGCCGCAAACCCUCCAGCAAGCCCAGCGUGGCGCGGCGGGGCACCAUCAGCGGUGGUGUGCCCAUACCCAUCUGCACACCACAGGUGCCCCUGAAGCCGUCUGUGUCCACAGUAGGCUUGGGUCCUGGCCGCAGUGAGCGUGAGGAGGCAGUAACUAUGCCACCACCAGCCCAAACACCCCAGCCUCACGGCUCAGACUUGGCCCACGCCAGACACUCACUCUGCAUCUCCACCCAGAGCCUGAGCGCAAUGCCACCUCCUUACUAUGCGAUGUUCCCAGGGCCUCCACUAGGAGGCAACAGCGAGCAAAACUAUCAAACGAGUAAGCAGCAGCAGCAGCAGAGACCGCAUCACCAGUACGCCAGCCAGCAGCCUCAGCCGCCACCAAAACAGCCACAGUAUCCACAGCAGCACAACCCUGCACACAAGCAGAACUACAGCCAACCACAGUAUCAGCACCUGCCACAGCACAGACCGGCUCAGCACGCACAGCUCCUCAAGCAGCCCCACCCAGAGCGUCUGCACCACCAAUUACAGCAGCAGCCAACGCAGCAGGAGGCCCACCGGCAGCAUGAAGGAUCCCAGCACACCACGGCACCACACAGCAGCUCUGGUAGGCCUACCCAAGGCACGCCUGCCAGAGUGGCCCCCGCCACCGCCGCCAUCCCAGCCGGCGGCGGUGACAUGCUGAGCAUGAUCCGCAGGGGCGUGAAGCUCCGCAGGACGCUUACCAACGAUCGCUCAGCACCUCUAAUCACUGCCAACUAUCUCAACUGAGCGAACACUGCCUCAUUGUGUCUUCUGGGCUAGGUUAACAUUCUGUUUUCCUGUGUUUGGUACUGUUUGGUUUUAAGGGAGUUCAGCUACACUGUGCUAAAAUAAGGGAACUUCAUGGCAACGCCUCUUAAUCAGUGCCAUGUCCGUAUGAAUGUCCACGCUCAAUAAAUUAAAGAU